UUUGUUACAUUUAUAUUUUCGUUCUCGUGACAAAGCUGACCUCCAAAAACAACCAAGAAAUCUCACGACGCGUCCUCCUCCCACUCCUCUCCUCCCCCCUCUCGCCAUGGCCGGCCGCCUCCUCGCCGCCCCCCUCCUCCUCCUUGUGCUCCUCCAGCUCCCCGUGCCGUCCCAGGUGCGCGCGUACCCGCUCGCGGCGGCACACUCUGGUCGGUGCCCAAGGCCGGAGGAGAGGCCGCCGCCGUUCCUCCAGGGGCUCCGGCGAACCUGCCGCACCUCGACGGAGGGGCACCCGGCCGAGGAGGUUAAUGGGGAGGAACUUAUCAGAGAUUUGGGUGGAAAGGAGUACACUGCUGUCCUCUUCUAUGCAUCAUGGUGCCCUUUCUCUCAUAGAAUGAGACCAAUCUUCGACGAUCUUAGCUCAAUGUAUCCACAUAUUAAGCACUUGGCUGUAGAACAGUCCAACGUGAUGCCAACAGUUUUAUCAAGAUAUGGUGUCCGCAGCCUUCCUUCUAUACUAAUAGCUCAUGAGUCAUAUGCAUUUUGGCCUCUUGUUGCCAAAGAUCUCAACUCACUGGUCAACUUCUACUCUGCUGUUACUGGACAAGAACCAGUUGCAUAUCUUGGUCCACGGAAGUGGAACACAACCGAAAGAAGCACACAGUAUGUGAAGCUUUGGAAUGGUUCAGUCAGCGAAUCAGUGAAGAGCGAGCCCUACCUAGCAUUCAGCAUCCUCUUUAUUUUCCUAAGGAUAUUCUCGUUCUUCUUCCCAAAGUUCUUCGCCUGCAUCAAAGGCUUGUGGGCUCAAUACUUCCGGCACGCCAACUUUGGAGUCCUUGCCAAAUUGACGCAGCUGCUCGAAUGUGUGCCCCAUGCCGUGGAUGUAAGGAAGAUGUGGAGCAAAUGGAGGCUCAUGUUUGGAGCCAUAAACAUGAGAGUCUGGGCAUCAUCUCUUGCUUCCGUGUCUCUUGGUGGGCAAUCUUCUCCCCGAGCUGCUAGAUUGGAUUGAUGAUUUGGAUUUUAACGUCGGGCGGGAGAGCAUGCGGGCUGUCUGAAUUGCGCUGGAUGUGGAAGCUCUUGUAACUCACAUGAACAUGUAGUGGAACAUCUUGUUUGUAGCAUGUAAAUCUUAGGGAUACUGUUGAGCCUGUGUAGACACACUGUAACAUUAAUCAUGAGCACCAAUUGUCAUAGUUUUUGAGCAACUGGGCACACAUCAUAAGCCCUUGUACUAUUUUUCACAUGUAAUCUGCAAUUGCAGUAUGUUCAUCUGUCUUGUACUAAUAAGUGAAAGACAUUUCGACCUA